CCACUUUACCAAUCGUUCAUAAUGUUCGUCAUCUUGGUUUUAUUUUCAUUUCAUUUCACUACACGCGAGAAUUCGACGUGAACGGUUACAUGAAAUAAAAAUAAGUGAACAAAAUGUUUUCAUACAGUUUUGGUGUUUGAUAAUAAGUUGUUAAACAAGUUUAUAUUUGUGAAGUUAGUGGAAGUGAAGUGAUAAAUCUAUCAAAAUGAGUGCGGACAAGGGAUUCGACACAAAAAUUCCUGUGGAGAUAAAUACAGACUCUGGUUUCUUGUCGGGACCAAUCGACCGACUGGAUUCUGAGGAUUUGGGCCCACCUAGUGAAACAGUGAAAAGUGAAUAUGUGGAAGAAAACAUUGAUAGUGGUUUAGACUUAUGUUCAGGUUUUGCUAGUAUUGGAAUUAGUGAUGUUGCUACACACACAUCGGAGCCCUCAAGGUCGAGUCAACAGUCAACAUGCAGCAGUGAGGACUUGCCUGUUCGACUGCUUUUCCGGCAAGAUGACGAUGGGGAUACGCAACUACACAUCGCGGCGGUACACGGCUGCGAGAAAACCAUUGGCAUCCUCAUCAAGUUAUGUCCAGAGAAAGCGUUGCUCGACAUCCAAAACGAUUACAGACAUACAGCGUUGCACCUAGCAGUCAUGGGUGGUUUCUCUGUUGUGACACGAAUGUUGGUCCUUGCUGGAUCCUCAUUAGCAGUCAGAGAUAUUUGUGGAAGGACGCCUGUCCAUAUAGCAGCGGAGACCAGCAACGUGGACUGUCUGAAGGCACUCCUCGCGCCCAUCAUCGAACAGCCCCAUAGAAAACUAGGACCAAUUUUAAACCAAAAAGAUUAUAAUGGUCAAACGUGCGUUCACGCAGCUGCAGCAGCAGGACAUGUCAAAACUUUACAGACACUCGUCCACUACGGAGCUGAAAUUAACGCCAGAGAGGGUCUAGCAGGCUGGACAGCUCUCCACAUCGCAGCGCGUCGCGGCGACGUGCGCCUAUCUCAAUACCUGCUGGAACAAUGCGCGGGAGUCGUGAAGAAUCCGCGCGACAACGGCGGCCGCACGCCUCGCCGGCUCGCCAAGCGGACCGCCGCCGAACGCCUGUUCGCCAAUGUCCACGCCGACUCUGACUCCGAGUCUGAGGAUGAUGAUGAUUAUGACAGCGAAGGUGAAAAUCUGUUCGAGCGCCUCAGAGAUAACCUGAACCCCAUAAACGUCGCGUGAUACCCCGACCUAAGUGUUAACUUGUCACACUUGAAGGUUAUAACGAGCAACAUAUUUCGGCAAUAUAGCGCAAUAUAGUCUGAAUAUUGUCGCAUGCUAGCCAAAAAUCGCUACAAAAAUGUUGCCCGUUCACAACCCUAACGGAAUCGAGGCUGAUUUGCCGAGGGUGCUUCGAUCAGAGCUGUCCCCAGCAUGUCUUUAUAGUAGCGUCUUCUGUGUGAUGAUUCUACAUGUUUCUAUCUUAAUAGUUAUUUAUGUAUAGGACCCGACGCGAUAUCAAAUAUCGCGUCAGGGUUGUGUCUAUUGCGAGUAUUAUUCGAUUGCUAUUGCUGAAAGUAAGUGUUCUUUUUUCAUGUAAAAAGCUAUCAAGUGAUACUUACAACGGUCACUCUGGUACGUUUGACGUAGAAAUGUAAAAUGUUAGUAUAAUGGGGUGUGAAAGAAGUGACGGUUACUUGAUAAUGCUCGAAAUGUUUAAUGCAAUUUCUUACAAAGCUGUAGUACCUACUGUAAUUCCAACAUAGUACGAGUGGGUUUGACUGAUGACAGUCAACUUACACAGAUGAUAAUCAGAGCAUAUGAGUGCGUCACUUUUGUGUGUAGAGCGCGCGAUAACGUGCAACGAAUUCAGGUAACAUGUGUAAAAUAACUAAAUAACAUAAACUGGAGUCGUGUGUACCUUUUGUAAUACUUGUCUUCCCUUAGUGUUCAAAUAAACUACACACAAAACAUUUCAGUUUUUUCUUAAUGUAAAGUUUUCAUGCCGUUGGUAUUUAGAUCGUAGUCCGAUUUAUUAUUCGAGAUAAAAAUGAAAAAUUCUCAGCAAAUUCUUAACCAUGGAUUAUAUUUUGCAUUGCCAUUCUUGGUGCGAAGGGAUGACAAUAUUUAUUAUUCAUUUGCCGGAAAGUCGAUAUUUUUUCCAAAAUAUUUUUACGGCAACAUUUAGGAAUUUGAAAAUUAUAAUUUGACACUAAAUUUUUGCUCUCGAAUAAAAAAUCCGUUGUAGCUGUACAUAGUUUUAAUUAUAGUCUUGUUUAAUAUUGUUUAAAGUUUCCUAUAUUGUAAACAUUGAUUUGUAACGUAAACAUAAAAUUGAGACGCGGGCGCCCGAGUGGAGAUGUGUGGAUGGUAAAAUAUAUUUGAAUGUAAAUGGCGCUCAACCUCUAAAGGGAUACGGCGUGUAAAACAUAAUAAACUGCCUUAUAGGCGAAAGUAUAUUAAUUUCAGCUUUUAUUUUCUUCCAAACUCAUCAUUAGAUUCAUGACAAUAGAAAAUUGGCAACCCAUAGACAAUAUAGAAUUAAACGAUAGAAGUUUGCACUAUAGAUGAUGAUCAGAGCCAAGAUUGGAGGAUUUUAAACUGAAAUAGAGCCCAAAAGAGCAUGACAUUUUGAAAUUCAGUUGUAUUGUUGUAUUUUUUUAAAUUAUUUCUGCAUAAUUUUAUUGAACAGUGGGCUGAGUGUGAGUUUACAUCAAACUGAAAAUUUUAGUUUUUGAACAUUUCCCGCUAGGGGCGCUGUACAAUUCGUCGUACAUUUAAUGUCAUUUGAUCUAAACUCACACUAGGCCCUCUGGUUGAAAUAGCAGAUUUCUUAAGAUAAAAGCACCAUUGUUGUCAAGUUUAUUAAAAAGGUCUAUGGUUCCUAUAGACAAGCUAGAGCGGUCUUGCUAACUUUCUGGUGAAAGCCUAAGUUAAGACGCCUGUAUAAAAAUAUGAGCACGGAGCGACUAUGCAAUACAAGGCGACAGUACCUACUCAGCAAUAAUGUUCUCUCCCAUCUCUAUGGUUAGGCA